AUGUCCUCGUGGCUUAAUACUACUGCAACGCUGCAAAAUGUAACAACUCUGCCUGCGGGCAUUUCAAUUGCCAAGGCUCUGGAAGUUAUCCAAAAUCACAAUCUUCACAUGCAGUGCGAUCCUCACAUGGUCAAGUACGAAUCCAUUCCUCGGCCAUCAAAGGUUGAGACCCCCACCAUCCCAGCCAACAGCGGACUUGUCGCGGUAGGGGAGCCAGAAUACUACUGUGUGACGGACAAGGUGCACACGCUUCCUGCAGGACUGUGGGAUUCCAACGUUGAGAGCACAAACGAAUUUGUGAAUCUGGAAAAGGGCGUUUUCGUGAGGCUGUACAGCCCGCUCAAUGUGGUGAUGGAGACGGUCUGGACGGUGAGAGAGAAUGGGAAUGGCGGCAUAGAGCUGGUCGAGGAUGUCCUGAUCAAGGCGUCUAGACUGUUAGUUGGCACCGUGAAGAAUAUGUGCAGCACCAAUUGGACAACGUUUCACGGCAAGAUUGUGAAUCUGAUGAAGGAGGGCUCGUCGUCAUCAUCAUAG